UCUCACUCCUCACAUGGAAGCGGAUCCGACAUGGCCGGGUGGGGCCGGUAUUUCAGUUCCAGAUCGCCAAACGCCAAAAGAGAAAAAGAUGCCCUGCCAUCAUGAUCCAGCAGUGAAGAAGGAAGCCAACCAGACCACCGGCACUCGAUCGUUCUGCAUGCACUGGUCGAUCUGAAAAUAAGCAUCCCUCUAACCACCAACUCACCCACCUAAAUACAGCCACAUUUUGGUCUCGUUACAGCUAACGUCAUUGAACCCACCAAGAGGUUCAUUUUCCGGCAUGGAUCCAUAUCUGCAGCUGCCACCGGAGCUUCUGCAACUCAUCGUCCGCCAACUUGACCCGGUCUCCCUGAUUGCGCUGUCCCAGACAUCGCGAGCAUGGCGGGCGUUGAUCAGCCCGAUACACCACGACUUUGUCCAACGGCUGCUGGUAUUGGAGCUGCAGCCUAAGCACGGAGGCAUUGUGCCGCUGUUCACAGAGCGGGAUGAUGCCUUCAGCUUCACGCCGCCGUGGACCAUCGAGAGGUGGAAAACCAUCAAUUACGCCUGCUGUGGCUGCAUGAAGCUGCGGGGACACAUGAUGUUCGACAACCGCGCCAUUCUGGGCCGGAGAUAUCGGAAACCGCCACCAGGGAGCGUCGAGGCAAGAAAGGCCACCCUCACCGACUGGGAGCCCCUCAACCACGGCGCUCGAUGGAGGCUGAUCCAGAAACGGGCGGGCGAGGAGGAGCAACGGCGACAGAAUUGGCGCGAUGUUGCCCGUCGGAUUUACAAACCACACGGGCCUCCGCCCCAUCCCUUUGCGCAGCAACCUCCGAUCCACGAUGUCGCUUACUACCGAGUGCUCGAGAGGCUUUUUGCCGGCACAUCGCGCCAGAAUCGCCGAUGCAUAGAGUGCCGGUACCAGCGGGGCGACUGGAGGAAACAGCCCGUUUUCGGCGGCCAGAUUCUCCGCGGAAACGCAAAGUGUCCCGUCGUGGUGAGCCGCCAGUUUCCCUUUCCCUCUCUGUGGGAGAGGCACUUCCCCGGCCUCCCGCUUCCUGGGCCGAUGCCAGCGCCCAAGGCUCCAAGACGGUGGAGGGUUCUCCGUGAGUGGGUAGACAGCGGCAAUGACUAUUACACUCUCUAUGCCGUGCGCUGUCCAUCCUGUGGCAAGUGGCAAGAGAGCAGCGCUUUCCGGCAGUGGACUCUUUGGCACCGUCGCUUCCCCGACAUGGGACAGCCUGUGCAUUGUCUCAGGCUCCUAUGCAACCACUGCCAUCUGAACACCUACAAAGACAAGGGCCUGCUUGCGAAGGAGCUCAACGAUGGUGCCAUCCUGACGAUAAACAAGGAGCGUCGCGAAAUGUUUUCUUGUCUCACCAGAGGCUGGCGGCUUAUCCACAAUGACUUCUACCAUCCCAAGGGCGCGCUUAGCGACUUGAAGUAUCAAGCCGUGCGAGGCGAGAUUUUUGACGGAGUCACCUUAGCCGACUGUAGAGUAGAGGUCGACAUGACAUCUUUUGAUGUAACCGAUCUUCGGCUAUACCGCCUCCGUUUUGACCGGCUGCGGGAGUUCAUCAACCAUGAGCUCGACCUGAAGACAAGAGCUGAGAUAUUACAGAGCUGGCUCAGAGUCUGGUUUGAGGAAUACGAGCUUAUCGAGGACAUGUACUGCUGGCUGAACUACCAAGAGAUCGCGAUCUCAUCGAAUCCGUAUUAUGUAUUCAAUUACGUUAUGGAGAAAGCUCCGUACUACAUUGAUACAAUCUACGGGAACUACUAGUUGUUAUGAACAAAUGAUACAAGUCAUUCUCUGAUUACAAGUUAUGAUUAGUAGGAAGGUUUCCCUCC